AUGGGAUUAAGUCAAUGGAUUUAUUCUUUAGAUAGACAUUAUGAUAAUUCUGGCACUAUUAGUAAUGAUUGUAGAAAUAUUUUAAAAAAUUGCGUGGAUUGUAUCAAGAAUACGUAUUUCAAUACUCCUGAACUUUUCACUCGGGAAAUUUUUGAAUUCGUCGAAAACGAAGUUCCAGAAAUUUAUUCAAUUAUCAGUGAAUUUGAAAUGGAAUUAAAAAUUUUGGAACAGCAAAAUAAAAAAGCCCUUAUUAGAAUGGAAACUUUAUCGUCAUCUAAGAAUAUUCUUAAACAAGAUGUUAGUGAAAUACAAGAAAAAACUCGCGUAGAAAUCGAAUGGAGUUAUAAUGCUUAUAGAUGUCGUUUACAAUUAUUUAUGCCAACUUUUAAUCAAUUAAUUAAAAGAAUGCGAUGCAAAAUUAAUGAAAUCAAUGAACUAAAUGAGGGAAGGAAUAUGGUUAAUACGAUGGAUAUGGAUCAGGAAGAAGUUGAUGUUGAUGUUGAAGAUUAUGGAGAAUGA